GGCCCUCGAGAAGACUUCGCGUGGUUCUCUUCGCGUCCAUGAACCCGCGGUGGCGCCCGCACCGGCGGCGCCCCAUCGUACAUGGAGGGGUCCUGCUUCUGCGGAGAGCGGCGGACCGAUAGGCGACGUAAGCCUUCUGUGACGGGAAGACCCGUGCGCCGUGCCGGACUGAACUGGCGGGUGAAUCCCCGUAGUAGCGCGUCCGUUUGUGGCGUCGCGUGUGGCUGGCUCGACCUUGCCCCCGGUGUCGUCGUAGGGCGGCCAGGACGCGCCCAAGGCCGGAGGGCCGCCAUGCGGGGCCCUUGCGCCACCGGCUGCGAGUCGGCCCUAGACCGAGCGGUGGCCCUGGUGGCACGACGUUGCUGCGGGCCGCCCGUCAACGCAGUCGUCGUCGUUCGGCACCGACGCGAGCUGUGAGGAGGGGAGCCGCGCGCGCCACCGCUCCACUCUUUCCUGGGCGGAUGAUCGGCCGGGCGUGCGGCGGCGGCGCCUGCUGAGCCGCGCGAUGCAGCGUGCCCGGUCGUUGUCGUCGCUGCCGCCGGAGCCGUUCAUGAUCAUGCGCAGCAAGGCCCUCAACCGGCGCGUGGUCAUCAACGUGGGAGGCGUGCGCCACGAGGUGCUGUGGCGUACCCUUGAGCGGCUGCCGCACACGCGCCUCGGCCGUCUUCGCGAGUGCAACACGCACGAGGCGCUGGCCGAGCUCUGCGACGACUACUCGCUCGCCGACAAUGAGUACUUCUUCGACCGGCACCCGCGCUCUUUUGGCGCCGUGCUCAACUUUUUCCGCACCGGGAAGCUGCACUUGGUGGAGGAGAUGUGCGUGAUGGCGUUUAGUGACGACCUCGAGUACUGGGGCAUCGACGAGCUCUACCUGGAGUCCUGCUGCCAGCACCGUUACCACCAGCGCAAGGAGCACGUCCACGAGGAGAUGCGCAAGGAAGCCGAGUCUCUGAGGCAACGGGACGAAGAGUACUUCGGCGAAGGACGGCGAGCCCAGCUGCAGAAGUUCCUGUGGGACCUGCUCGAAAAGCCCACCUCGUCUCUGGCUGCCCGGGUGAGAGUGCGCAAGUGUGUGUUUAUGUGUUGUCGCUUUGUUUGCUGUUCCGCUAUCUUUGUUUGCUUUUUUUCCUCUCUUUUCUUUCGGUCCGCGCGCAGCAGGUGCUCUCUCUGUCUGUCUGUCUCGCUCUCUUUAUGCUCUGGGGAUGGGCAGCGCGAGAGGCCGCGCGUCGCCGAUGCAGCAGGCGCCACUGGCGCUGCUGUGGCCAGGGCGGGGGCAGAGAAACCAAGAGGCGGCGAAAACGCGAGUGUGUUCCCCCAGGUGGUGGCAGUGCUGUCGAUCCUCUUCAUCAUCCUGUCGACGAUCGCGCUGACGCUCAACACGCUGCCCGAGCUGCAAGAGCGUGACCUCAAGGGCGAGGUGGUGGACAACCCAAAGCUGGCGCUGGUCGAGGCCGUCUGCAUCACCUGGUUCACGCUCGAGUACCUGCUGCGGUUCCUGUCGUCGCCUAACAAGUGGAAGUUCUUCAAGGGUGUGCUCAACGUCAUCGACCUGCUGGCCAUCCUGCCAUACUUCAUCUCGCUCUUCCUCACCGAGACGAGCAGCAAGAAGCAGGACCAGUUCCAGGAUGUGCGUCGUGUGGUGCAAAUCUUUCGCAUCAUGCGCAUCCUGCGAAUCCUCAAGUUGGCCCGCCACUCGACCGGGUUGCAGAGCCUGGGCUUCACGCUACGCAACAGCUACAAGGAGCUCGGGUUGCUCAUGCUGUUCCUGGCUAUCGGCAUCAUGAUCUUCUCCAGUCUAGCCUACUUCGCUGAAAAGGAGGUGGCCGACACCAAGUUCACCAGCAUCCCGGAGACUUUCUGGUGGGCAAGUAUCACCAUGACUACUGUCGGCUACGGAGAUAUCUGUCCGACCACGCCUCUGGGCAAGAUUGUCGGUAGCGUCUGCUGUAUCUGCGGCGUGCUCGUCAUUGCGCUGCCCAUCCCCAUCAUCGUGAACAACUUCGCCGAGUUCUACAAGAACCAGAUGCGUCGGGAGAAAGCUCUCAAGCGCAAGGAGGCGCUGGAGCGUGCCAGGCGCGAAGGCAGCAUCGUCUCCUUCCACCACGUCAACCUGCGCGACGCCUUCGCCAAGAGCAUGGACUUGGUCGACGUCCUUGUGGACACGGCCCACGGCGCUUCCCAGGGUGACGCCAUCAGCCUCGGCGAAGAGUCCGCAGCCCGCCUGAACGCCGGCUGCUUCCGCAACUACGAGCACACGCUGGCGGCCAGCGGCGGCUGCUCGGGUCCACCUGGAGGAGGAGGAGCCCGGGGCGCCGCCGACCCCUUGCUGCUGCCGGAGCCGCUCAACUCUCUCAGCGGCAGCCGCCAGCAGGCGGCGGGCCAGACGCUGGCGGCCUCGCCCGAGCUCAAGGAGUUCCUCGAAGGCGACUUCCGGGCCAACAUAGAGCUCAAGACUAUCAACCGCUGGGACGUCGGCAGCGUGGAGAGCUCGGACACGUACCUGUCCUGCGCCACGCAGCCGUUCGCCUCGCAGGCGGACCUGAGCCAAGAACCGAUGGCCGGCCAACAGCAGCCGCAGUCGCAGCCAGUGCAGCUGGUCCGACCACGGUUCCUGCAAGGCGUGCGCACCAAGGCCCGCUUUGACCCCGUGGACGCCACUCGGGCGCUUCGACCUGACACCAUCGAGCUGCCGCGGCCCGAGCCGCACGUUUUCGCGCCCUCGGCCACGCACAAGGCGUCGCCUUUCUCCAAAGUGCUGACGCUGUUCGGCGGCCAGUCGGGCAGGUACGGCGGCGCUGGAGAUCCCGGCAUGCGGCCAGAGCAGACCGUAACGGCGAGCCGCGGAGCAGCCAAGUCCAUCCUGAAGAAGCCCGAGGAGCGGGCCACGGCGUCGACGGGCACCGCGACCACGCCCAGCCUGGGCGCACUGUGCGUGCAUACAGUGGACGUGAUGUGUUCGCCCGUGCGUGCUGAGAGGACGCCCCUGCUCACCGCGCAAGAGGACGGCAGCCCCGCAAGGGAGCCGCCCUCGUAGCCAGGGUGGCCCAGUGCGUGGAAGGUUCCGUAAAGGGGACAGCAGCAUCUCACGGCGCUUCCCGGGCGCCGUCGCGGGCGCCCUGACAUUUGGGGCCUCGGUGGGGAGUGCCUGUCUCCUCUCUCCUCCGGGUCUCCCCACCGAGGCCCCAGGUGGCGCCGCGCGAGCGCCCGGGAUGCCCGGAGGAGACCCCCAUCGUCAUCGACACCCGCCGCCGCAGCGGCAGCAGCCACCGACGAUAUGUGUGUGACUUCAUCUCUCGCUCAUGUACAUACCUCAUCGGACAGAAGCCAUUUCCUCGUCGCCAUUGUUUUCUUUUUAUAUCUAGACUGCUCUCGCAUUCUUGGUGCGAAUAACGACGCUGCUCACUCACGCCUUCGUGUCACUCAGCGCGCUGCAACCAUUUCUCUGUGUGUGCCACGAAGAACGCUCGGAGAGGGACGGACACGACUUGUUUCGCAUUAGCGGCCGCCAGUGAAGCGCGUCAAAUAUUGCUGCUGGCAGCAAUGACGUGUUGUGCUUUUUUUCUUGUUUUGUUUUUUCUAUUUGACGUAGCUCAAUUGCACCGUUAGCGAUACCACAAAUGGCAAUCUUAAUUAAGCCUAAUAUGCCACGUGCCAGUGCUGCCCGAGUUGUUUUGCGUGUCUCAGACCGUGUCUUGGUCGCUGCCUAGCCACGGACACGGUACAAGCGGACCGAAGAUGCCCAUCUUGCUAUACGAUCACGUUUGCGAAUACAGUUGCACAUAGUGUGCGCUUCCGUUAAUCAUUUUUCGGUGCAAUGCCGUAGUAAACUCUGCAGCCCUAUGGACUGUCCGAUCGGGCGACUAUGGAUAUUGUUAAAGGUUUCGUUACGCUGGGUUACUGUCUGCUGCAGCUGUUUUUUAUUCGUCGGUACAGUUUUGGUGGCGCUAGCGAAUUUGAGGGCUGCGCCUUUCAUAUGGUUACAGUCUAGUUACCGCGUGUUUGUCACAAGCCCGUUUUCCAGUGCGAUGCAACUUUCUGAGUAUGUGUUCGCGAGUGUUGUAUGCAAGCGUAGAAAAAAACAGCUACCGGUUGUGAGCUACCCGCAACGUCUAUGCAUUGAAAAUCCGUUGAUCGUUGUGACAGCGAUGGCAGCUACGCCGACACGAAAUCGCGCCGCGCCCGAGACGAGGACCGGAGAGAAACGCUGUGAAACGCAUGCAGGCCGAACUCACGUGUAAUGAUCGAGGCCGUUGAUUCUCCACUCGUAGCUUUGCAAGUUAAAAAAAAAAGAGUAAUUGGUGCAUGAAGAGCGUACUCGCGAAGUCACGUGACCUACCUCCGUGUACUUUCGACUCUGUUGCGGUGCGCGAUUGACUAUCCUCAGCAUACCUAUUACGGCGCAUUCUAUCCGUCGGGGUCCUGCUGUGGAAGGUGCUAUAAAAUUCAAUUUCUAGGGACGGCGCAAUUUAGGGAAUGAAUGCUAGACUGACGGGAACAAGAUUUGCGCACAGGGUCAACAAUUAUUCUCAGACUAAGCGUACGCCGGCAUCUGGCUGGCUUCGACGUAGGAAACACUCCUUGCUUUUGUAAGCGCGGCUUUGAGAAUGUUAACACAAGCAGUGUGCGGAUGCUUUACCGCCGCCUGCUUAUUAUCUGGUGUCGAGGUCGAAAGCUUACGGCACGCGAGUCGUGCUCUUUUUUGUGUACAACACAGCCACUUUGUCUACGCAGCAUUUUCCGCCGCUAUGUUUCCUGCCACGUGACACUCGAAGAGCAAAGUUCCUUCCGUCCUUCUGCACAGCUUCAGUGGCGGGCUGUUAACUAUGUGUGUCCCGGUUAAUUUUGCGUUGCAGCCGCGGCAUCUUGAAUUUUGUCGAUGUGACGUACAGUACUCGCAGACUAAGGGAGUCUUGCAUGGGCGUUGCAUCAAUUUCAUUCCAUUAAUGAGGAGCGCGUGUCUUCGGCCGGGUUGACGAUGCUUUGAAAUAAGCAUAUAAAAUAAAAUGCCGUUAGUAAAACAUUAAAUUCGUCCCUCAAGAAGAUUAGUGGAUCCCGCGACGUUAACCAAUUUUUGCGUUGCCCUUAGCGUAACCCGUAAUUCAAUGGUGUUCCCUGGCAGGUGAUCAAGAAUGUGACACCUUGUCCGGUGCCGCUUAGGACGUAUAUUACGUUUUGGCGUAAAUGUGUGCACUUUAUUUUAUAGUUGCACUCUUAUUUUUGUUGCCAUUGCGACAGCCUUCAGGGAGGCGCGGGAUCAUACCGUUCUCGAUCACGCUUGUUAUUGUGGCCGCUUUGUAAGUGACUAUGUGCCUGAAAAAGCUAUAGUGCUGUCAACAUUUGCGUGAAGUUGAACUCGGUCGCUUAGGUAGCCAGGCGUACGAAGCUCCACGUCUGCAUUAGGAGAAACCGCGUUUGGAACCAUCAAUCACGGGAUCCGAUAGCAGUUACGUAGCGCGCGCAGGCGCAGUAGAAACAGGUCAUACAGCUUCGCAUUCCAAAUGUACGCAAAUUAUCUGCAAUUAGUAUAAUGCACAAGGCUAUCGCAGCUGGAAAGGUUCUUGCACCCAGCGACUAGACGAUUGCGCUUAUUGAACGGUCGUCACGUUCUACUCCAACGGUGAUCUCUGGUGUUAAGGCACCGUACAAAUCCUGACGUCACGCGGAGGAAUACACGAGAGCAUAGAGUAAUAUCCAAGAAACUCUGUGGUUGUAAAUCAUUCCUUUCAGGAAGUGUGAGACAGCGUUAGCUAGGCAGCCGCCAAGAGGGCGUUACCGCUAGCUUCGCAUCUUUAAUCAAAGAAAAAUGUUUCGUUUUUUGUGUGCCAAAUGAGGCAUAUGUACUACGAGCAUCUUCGCCGUGAUCAGAUUGAUCUACACGAACUGCGUGAAACCUGGGCUCUCCCAACUGUGCCGACGCACCAUAUACGUAGAAACACGUUAUUUUUUCGCUCGCCAGUGGCUCGCGAUUAAACAGGAAAAAAAAAAAGUAUCGUGUAGUAGAAAUGCCUGUUGCACACGCGUCUUCAAUAUGUGUAGCGUACACCGCAUGCCCGCGCUUCGACUGCACGAUGUCCACAGAUCUCCGCGUGCAAACGCGUCUUUCUCAGCUCAAGGCAUCUCUCUAUCUCUCCUAGCCUUUAUUCCCGCGCUGUAACAAUAAUAUCGCCACCACCAACUGCGCCGCCUUCGGCAGCGAGCAGCAGACGCGUGUGUCAGUCACCAAUAUCCUCACAGCGCCAUUGUAAACUCAUUUUCACCGUUCCUUUCUUGACGGGGGAUGGAUGGAUGGAUGGCGGUGUGCUGGAAGCGUUUCUUGGCGAGCGUAUAUGACCGGCCCCCAUUUGUUUAUCCGGUCGAGAAGGUUCUUUCGUCAGGCGCUCGGUGCCCUGCCCUAGCUGGGCUUUUUUUUUUCCCAGCGUUUUUGAGAGUGGCGCCAUGCAACGGACAGCUCGGCCGGCAGCGGCGGCAGACUUGACUUGGCUGCGUGCCAACUGGCGCGCCCGCUCGUCUGAAUCCAUACAACAAAACGUGCCGCUGCUGGGAAAAGGGGACGCCUGCUGCUUGCGUCGUACUCAUCCACACGGCCAGCAUUUAUUUCGCGAUCGUUACUAUGAGGACACUGCGUGGAGCCGGCUGAGGAGACCCACUUCGGAGACCCUCUCAUUUCUAUUGUUACUUUUUCUCUCGGGAAGCAACAGCACAGUUGGCUCCGAAGAAGAUUCCUUUUUCGAGACGAUCCCAUCGCAAUACAUUGACUCCCAUUCCAAGAAACUGAAGAAUAAAAGUGAUUCUAUUCUUUUA